CCAUUGAUCCGUAAGCAUUAGAAUCGGUGAAGCACCAGAAGCAAACCCUAAUUUUCUUCCUUUUGGGAAACGUACAUCACUCGCUCAGGAUAAAGGAGAAGACUUUGAAGCUCCGCUUGCUGCCUUACCCAAAUCGGGGCACUCAAAUUCUCAAUUUGAAGAACAUUUUUCUUGUAGAACAAAAGCAGAAGUACCUGCUAAAGUGAAGGAAGAAAUGUUAUACCAGGAGUGAGGUUAAUGUAGUUCUCUCUUCGGGCUUGCGGGCUCUUAUCAUGGACCACCAGAAAGAGAGAAUUAAGAAUGGGUGCCAGAAGAUUUUGGAAGGAAUAAAUUCGAUGUCUUUGGCAAACUUAGAUGAUCAGCAAGUACAUUCUUUAGUGAUGAUGAGAGAAAUAGCACGUGGGGUUGUUGAUGACAGAGAUAGAAAGGUGACUAGGAGUGAUGUCAUCACUGCCUUGCGCUACAGCAUUGAGAAAAUGGUCUGUUCAUCCAGGGAUAUCAUUCAGAUAUUAAGUAGAAUGUCCUUUGAAGGUUUGGAUGACCAAAGGAUGCAUUUAGUGACGAGGAUGAAAGAAAUUGCACAUGGGGUUAUUGAUAAACAACCUCGAGUUGCAAUAGCUAGGCCUAACUUGCUUGCCGAAGAAGUUGGCUUUGUGGAUGAAGGAAUGCAAGAUAGUCCCGUGGUUGAGUCAGCCAAGAUUAGCAAUGGGGAUGCCCUAAUUGAUGGAGCACAGAGCAUGACUAACGAAGAUGAGAUGUUGGAUGUAGAACACGUUUUAAGGUUUGAGAAUGAGAUAGAUGAAAUACAGGAGUCUCUGUUACCAUGCUUUGAGCAAUUUCUUAUGUGGCCGCCUAAUGAUUGUGUCACAAUUGAGUGGGUUCAGGAUGUGAUGGUCAUCCUUGAGCAGGCCUCACAGAAGAUGUUGCCAUCGGAAUUCUGUCAUGUUGUACCCACCCUUUUGGUGGACAAAUUGACAGAUGCUGCUUGCAGUAUUUUGUGUAAAGAACCAAACUGUGUGGAGAUCAAUUGCGAAGGAGAAGAUUCAAGAGUAAUCGUAGUUGGCGCUAUUCACGGGCAGUUUCAUGAUUUAAUGUUUCUUUUCAAGCAUGAAGGAGUGCCCUCUGAGAACCAGAUUUACGUUUUUAAUGGAAAUUAUGUAGAUAAAGGAGCUUGGGGAAUUGAAGUAUUUUUGGUCUUACUGGCUUGGAAGGUAUUGAUGCCUCACAGAGUAUUUCUACUUCGUGGAAAUCAUGAAUCAAGAUAUUGCACUGCGAGAUAUGGUUUUAAGAAGGAGGUGUGGGCCAAAUAUGGUGAUCAAGGUGAUGAUGUCUACAAUAAAUUCCUAGAGUGUUUCAAGGAGCUUCCAUUAGCUUCAGUUAUUGCCAACUGUGUUUAUACUACUCAUGGAGGACUUUUCCGUAGCAUACAUGCAGCCCCUUCACAGAGACCAAAACGGAAUAAAACACAUAGAGUGGAUCUUGGCUCUUUAGCCGAGUUAUUUGAAGUUAAAAGAUCCUGUAUAGAUUGUCCUUAUGAAGGUCCUAACAUAUUGUUGAGUGAUGUUCUCUGGUCAAGACCAUCAAACAGGUAUGGUCUGAGGGAUAAUACAGGCCAUAAGUUAGGUUUAUGGUGGGGUCCUGAUUGCACUGAGGAAUUUCUAAAGAACCACAGUUUAAAGCUGAUUAUCAGAUCACAUGACGAACCCGAUUCAAGGGCUGGUAAAGAUGAUGAUCUUGGGAAUAUGCUGAGAGGAUACAGCAUAGAUCAUGAUGGAGAAUCGGGAAAACUUUGUACACUUUUUAGUGCUCCAGACUAUCCACAGUUUGGUAAAAGGAGAUGUAACAAUAAGGGGGCAUAUGCCGUAUUGAAGUUUCCUGAUUUUGCCAGUCCUUCCUUUCACUCAUUCAAAGGGACAGAAAGACCAAUGGUGGAUCCCUAUGUUGAUUUUGGUGCUAAUAACAUUGAUUCGAGUAAACUAGACUCUUCUCAAAGUGCUUCAACCUCUACCCUUUCUGCUUCUGAAAGAUUUUAUCCAGAAAGGAUGAGACCUGAGUUUGACUUUGGGGCAUUAGGUAUAUACAAUGCCCCAUGUUGGAGUGUUGAACUUCCUGAUGGAUCAGGUGGCACUCAAGUUGUGGAGGUUCCAAGGGCAUCACUGGUUGAAGGGUUACCUCUGCCUUCAAACAUACAGGAGCCACACAAGGCUGCUUAUGAGUAUUUGUUUGAGCUAGUUGCUGGCCUGAAACAUAUGAUUGUAACAAGGGAGACUGAGAACAGGGCCCGUGUGUCUGCUUUGAGAAGUAGAGCUAGGAAAAGAAAGGGUCAGGGAUAGCUCAGACAUGGGGCACUGCACUGCAGACAGCACCAUGUGACAAUGUUUAAAUUAUCUCUGUAACAUGUUUAAUUGUCCUUUUAUGUAAGUAUUAUUUAACUUGGUAAUUCUUGCUUCAAUGUAACAAGUUUUAGCUUUGGCUCUCUGGUUUAUCUGUCACUAAGUUUUUGCAUUGAUUGUGAAAGCUAAAGUAAACUUGUCUUUGGUAUAUUACUGCAUCUUGAAAUUACAACAUCCCCUUUUGAACUC